UUACAAGCAAUGGAUUUAAAAUUGCCCCAACUAUCACCGGGAUUGUCGGUCCGCCCAGCAAAAAGCUGCCGACUGGCCGUCCAGAAGAAAUCGAUGAUCCCACCCCUGUACAGGUGAUGUCGACCGAGACCAUCAACGCCGCCUCAUCCUCCUCCCACACCCGCUCUUACCGAUGUUACCGCUGCAGCUAUUCUUACCCCAUCAUAACAACCGCCGCCGCCGCCACUCCCUUAAGCUGUCCACGCUGUCACCACCGCCACCUCCUCCCUCCCCACACCACACCCUCGACCCCCACUCCGACCAUUGCUUCCUCCAUCAACCCUCCUAUUCCUCAGCCCCUUCCCUCCAACUCUCAAGCUCUGGAUUUCCUCGACUCCGAUUCCGAUUUCUAUUCCAAUUAUCCUUAUCCGGAACGGGAAGACUCGUUUUUUGACUUCUUCUCGUCUAGUACCUCCCCGCCCUCCACUCUCAAACCGAUUGUCGACAGACUGCCCGUUGUAGAGGUCGCCGAUUCCGCUUCGUGUUCUAUUUGUAUGGACGAGUUUGAGCCCGGCACCGGAGCUAGUCAACUCCCCUGUGAACACUUCUUCCACAAGGACUGUAUUGCUCCUUGGCUGGAUCGCAGCAAAACAUGCCCUCUAUGUCGGAGAAAAUUACCCAAUGAAGAAUCUGAGAAACCGCUCCACUCCAAUUGGGGAUUCGCUGUGGCGGAAAUAGAAGCUAUUCGUAUGGCUGAAUCUGAAUUGGAGAGGUGGCUAGCAAUAAUUGGAAUGGCUGAUUUUGAUGAUAUUAGUGGGUGGUUUAUUGAUCCAAUGCACGAUGCUGAUGGCGAUACUUUGAUGGUUGAUGCAGCAUUGUAGUGAUGAUGGUUUUGUAUAUGAUGUGAUCAGUGCAGUCAAAGUUUCUGAAAGUUUCACGUUCGAGCUAAAGUUAAGCUCAGAUUCUAAGUCUCUUGUAUAAGGGAUUGUGCUAAGAGGGUUUAUGGAAAGCUUAAAGAAGUUGUACAUCCAUUGGUCCAAGCAUGUAUGGGUACAUUUAAAAGGAGCUGUGUAGCUGCAAAGACCGAUUUGUUUGAUGAAAAUGGAAUUAAUUCUUAUCCCAACAAGGAAUGUGGAACAUCUCGUGAUCUCGAUAUAAGGAAACAUGGGCUGGAGUGUGAAGCAUAGUGAAAGCCUAUGUACUUGAGCACAAUUUUAAAUGAGUUUUGUAUGCUAGCUAACUGACAACAUUCAUUCAUGUUUACAUCACCCAGAUAACAAAUUACUUCAGUCUUUCUAAAUUUUAUAUAAAGAGUGCAUUUGUAAAUAGUAGUAUUAAGUUGUAUGUUGAAAGCAUAGGCAUACCCAGGAGCCCAAAACGCUCCAUGAUUUGAAUUUGGGGCGAGUCUAUUUGUUUUACACUUAUAAGUGAUAUAUAAGUCUUUUGCCGAAUUUCGGUCAUAGAGUGAGUUGGGGCCCAUAUUGACCCCCCCCCCCCCCCAGCCAAGCCAAUGGUUGAAUGUUGUGAGUUCCAUAUCAGUGAGUCACGCUUGAGAAUCUCGACAACAUUCAUUCAAGUUUAGAUCACCCAGACAACAAAUUACUAGCCUUCUUUCUAAAUUUUAUAUAAAGAGUGCAUUUGUUAUUGGUAGUAUUAAGUUGUAUGUUGAAAGCAUAGGCAUAGCCAGGAGCCUAGGAGCCUCAAUGAUUUGAGUUUGGAGCGAGUCUAUUUGUUUUACACUUAUAAGUGAUAAAAUAAGUCUGUUUCCAAAUUUCGGUCAGAGUGUGUUGGGGCCCAGAUUGACCCCCCACCCCCCCCAGCUAAGCCAAUGGUUGAAACUUGUGAGUUCCACAUCAGUGAGUCACGCUUGAGAAUGCUUGCGGGUUUUAGUUUAAUAGCAUGUUUUUAUCCUUUUGUUUUUGUCCUUUUUAUUCUUUUUAUCCUUUUUAUUCUAUCGUUUUUAUGUAUAUCCAUCUCUUUUUAUAUUAUCUCUUUUUUUAAUCAUAGUUUAUCUUUUUAUUUUUCUUAUCUUUCUUUUCCAAAUCAUAGUUUAUCUUUUUAUUUUUCUUAUCUUUCUUUUCCUUUUGAUGACGAUAUUAGAGGACCCCAAAAUCUUUUGAACCAAGGCUUUUGGAUGUUGUUGUAAUAUUAGUAUUCCUUCCAUUUUUUGUAAUAUUAGCUUAGUGUGUUGGGAGAUAAAUAUUUAUCUAACAUGAUGUAGAGCUACCUACAUUGUCAUUCGAGCAGGGGUGUUCAUCGGUUUGGUUUUGUCAUUUUUCGGUUUCAUUGGUUGAAUUUAGGUUGGUUUAGUUUUGAGAAAGGUAGAACCGUAAACUAGUUUCUGCUCAACCAAUCAACCAAAACUUAGUUUCUUCUAACUCAGACUCCAAACGACUAUCCCUUUUCCAUGGCCAUCCACUUGUAACAAACUCUAACCUCUAUGGUUUCAAAAAAGAUUCGGUCACCGUUUAUAAAGAUGUAUCCGUCGAACACACCGACGACGAUGAAGAAUAUGACCGUGCAUGUGGGUGGACUACAUAAUCGGAAACAGAUUUGGUUUGAAACCCCUGGAAGAGGUAUGGAUCCCACUGCGUUGAGUUUCCAAAUUCAAAGGAAGAGGCAAGGAGAUGAACUCCUUCGACGCUAUGUUUCAAGAUCUCUAUGCGGAUGUAUUUUGGGACUCUACUUAAGGGAAGUCUUUGUAUUCCUUACAUAUGUGUAUUUCGUUUGUAUUUGCACAUUUCGCAUCACAAAUUGUGGUUAUUGCCUACUUAAUCUGACAAAUGAUGAAUUAUUGUGGUGUUGCAUUGUCUAUACGUUGCUUAACUGAUGAAAUUACCUUAUUUUUGCUUGUACACGAUUCUCCUUAUGUUUUUACCUUACUGGUUGUACGCAUGAUGGUAAUUGUGUGAGCCUUAUUAACAUUUGCCACCCACUUUCUCCAAGUGUAGGAGGCUAUGUAUAUGUCCGGAGGCUAUGUAAUUCAGUAAUUGUGUUGGCCUUGUGUUGCUUACCUUACUGUCUGAUGAAGCAUUGGUCAUGUGUGGUUACCAUACUGCUUGUAUUGAUGAUGAUGAUGAUGAUGAUGAUGUUUUGUACUUACCUUACCGGUUCUACUGAUGGUGAUGGGGGUUGUGUGGUUACUGAAUGAGUAAACUGAUGAUGGUCCUACUGGUCCUACUGUAUAAGCCAAUGUACAACAGGAGUAAUAGUUGCAGAGGCUACCGAGGAAGUUGCAAUUGGAUUUGAGGAAGUUGCAGGAGCCUCAAUUUGUAGAGAGAGAGCCAAAGAGAGAUCUAUGGGUAGUAAAUGAUGUCAGAUAAGGUAGUUGUAGGAAUUUAAGGAAUAAAAAUGGAGGGAAUUGAACUUUGGUGUACUGUUGCACUUUGUAGCAUUAACCUCCGAAUGAGUUGUAAAGUUUGUUACCCUUUUAUGUGAUUGUUGUUAUCGAAAUGUAGCCCCUUUUUCUUCACUUUUGUUUUCACAGUUUGGGCAACACGUGGGAGGGGAGGACAAUUAGGGAAAGUCAAGAGCACAUUAACUUUUGCAUAAAAAU